AUGGGAUCCAACUUUACGGUGAGUAGCGGAGGGGUAGAAGGGGACUUGGGGGUUGAGGCCGCCAACACGUUUGAGGUGGUUCGGUGGAUGUGGGGUUGGCUAGGGCCCUUUAUCACGCUCCUCGAGGAAUUUAGCCGCAGGGACUGGGCAAAACGCCUUCUGUCCUCCAUCUGGGAGGAGCCCACGCCCAUUCCUUCUUCCCACCUGUCCGCCGCCGCCGGAAACGACCAAAAAGCCUCUUGUCUGGAGAUCCUCUUUCUCUACCAGCUCAAUGCGAAACCAAACUAUCGACAAGGGGCGGUGUGGUCGUCGUUAUUGCAAAGCAUCGCCAACUGCAUCUCCGAUCCGAAGUUCCGUAUUCCCUUCAGCGCCCUGUUCCUGACCUACACGGAGCGCCUCCAGUCCAAGAAAUCCCCCAUCGAGGACCUUUAUGUGCAGGUUUUCACCUGCUCCGCAACCCUUACCACCCUCGCGCUGUCGCCGGAGCGGAUGCCCUACACCCAGCCGUCCUUUGAUACGAUUCUUCAUCGCCAGAUCUCCAGCAUUUUGUACUCCUUCUGCCAACUCCCACGGAAUCCCAAUAACGCGUCGUUGUGGAACUCGGCGCGGGGCGAAUGCCCGCCAUGGAUGAUCUUCGUGAAGGAACGCAGCAAAAGCAUGAAAUCAUCCUGCACGGCGGUGUUAUAUUUGAUGAUUGCUCGAUGUGAGGAGUUGGGCCUGAUUGCCGUCCUCUCCAAAACGUUUAUGCGGGCGUGGGUGCAUUUGUUAUUGCUCUUCUCCGUCAACGCCGUGAUCCGGAAGGACCCGGGGAGCUUCACGAAUAUGUAUUCCAUCACGGAGUGGAUUAAUCUCCUCCUCAUUCGCGUGAUUUGGGGAAUGGGGGUGAAGGUUGGCGUCAUUUUGGCCAAACUUCAACCCCCGCGGCGAAGUUUCCCGAGCGCCGCCGCGCCGGAUGAGGCGGGGCCGAUGGUGAGCGAUGCCGUUCGGCAGGUCGUCGACCGAUCGCGCCGAUUCGACCCCACGCCCGAUCGCGCCGCGUAUUGCGAGCCGCACCGAUGUCUUCUCCAACACGCCGCGCUGGAGCCGAACGAGGCGGCCUCAUUAUUGCCUUUUUUGCCCUCGGAGGAAGAGGAGGGCUCGAGGGCGGCGCUGGACUACAUCCUGGCCCUCCUCCGCGAGGCAACGGCGGGGCUCGAGACUUUUCUUCUCUGCCAACGCGCGUAUUUUUGUUGGGGAAGUAGGGAUGGGGGUUUACACCGCGGGACGGGCCCGAUCUUGGAGUAUAAUCUGUUGGAGCCGGUGGAGAACAUGACCACGCUGGUCUUGCCGGUGCAGCGCAUCGUGGCGAUCUUAAUUCAAACCUGGUUGAUUCAUCAGCGAAGUUUAAACCCACCCGAAAACGCUCUGGACGACCCGGACGCCUUGCUGGUUUCCCAACGUCUGCAUGGUUGCGAUAAUCGCGAAGGGCGAAGGCCUUUGCGCGCGUUGAUGGAUUUGCUUUUUCCCCCCACGAUUCUGACGCCGUCGGGGGAGCAGGGGUCUUCGUGGGAUUUUUUUGACGGGCUUUUGGAUUCUUUGGUGAUGCCGUUGGUGCUCGUUUCCCAACGGGAAGAGGGGCUCUGGCGCCGCAACGACUGCAAUGUCCUCACACGCACCCUCAAGCACUUUGAAGUGGGCGCGAAUUUUACGCUUUUGAAUGAUAUUUAUCUGAUUCAAGUAUUGGUGACCUGCUUUCCACCGCAGGACUUUGCCAUUCGUCUUCUGGAGCGCUUUUCCUACGUCCGGGGCGACGAAAACGCCUCGUGGAAGGCGAAAAGCGAGGGGACCUCACACGACGACGCGGUCACAGGCGUCAGGGGGUUGGCGGGCUACCUGCGGCUUAUGAUCACGCUGAUUCAGGAUGAAAGCAAGGCGAAUACCCACAUCGAUUCCAUCCACUCACUUCGCAGCAUCGUCGCGUUCUAUCUAUCCCAGGAUCACCUCACACACUCCAAGCUGGUGGAUCUCCUCAACACUAACUUCUUCGGAUCUUUGGCCGAGGACUACGAAUUCUUAACCCAAAGCCUUUCCUCAUCCUUGGACGAAGUCGCGGUGGCGGAGGAUGGUCCGUCCGGGAAGAUCUUUCGCCUGAAGGACCUCCAAACCUGGACGCGGUGGGUGGAUCUCUACCACCCGCAGUAUCGCGAUUUUAUCCUGCCGGCCAUUAUUUCGCAAUACCGACAUAUCGCGGCCCUCGAAAAGACCAAGGCCCACAAGUCCCUUCGCUGCGAAGGCGCGAGCCAGGAAGCCCGGAAAGACGCCGCGCCAGCCAUGGUGCCCCCAACUCGGCUUCGGCAAAGCGAGCAAUACGCGGAGUUCAUCCCCAGCCUUCGGACGCUUCUUCACACGGACGGGUUUCUCCUGACAGCGUGUUAUAUCAUCCAGCUCUACGUGUUAAACUUCAAACGCAUCGCCGAGGCCGAGGCGUUGGGGAAAAAGCCGCCCCCCUACGGCGACGAUGCCGAAUCGCAUCACGUCAGCGAGCACCUCCUCCUCCAUGCGAUCACGGCCCUCCACCUUUGCGUGCAGGAUUGCGCGGCGCUCUCCCGCGCCCUCCGCGCGGAGGCCGGCAUUGACGAAAGCCUCACCAUCGAGCGGGAAAUCCACUGGGAGUCCGUCGAAACCUACCUCGAGCGCACCUUCGCCGCGGCCCCCACUUCGUUCACGACGGAAUCGGCCAAUUUAUAUCUACGACUGCCGGAGCUGGCCGGGGGGGCGUCGGUUCGGGCGUUAUUGGCCAAACCGGCCCCUCCGCACCGCCUUUGCCGGGGCCCGCGGCUUUCCGAGGGGGAGGGCCCCCAAGAUGGGGCCCCGACGGCGGACGCCCUGCAUGACCUUCGCGACUUUUUACGGCAAAACCCCCAACUCGACGACUUUAGCCUCCUGGCGAUGGUGGAGUCGAUCCUCCUGGCGACCGGGCUGGCGCGGUUUGAGGCCUCGGCGGGGCAUCCGGGGCAGGGCGACGCCGACGGGCGGGUGAAAAACCGCCAGCAGCGGAUUAAAGAGCGCCAGGCGAAACUCCUCCAGCGCCUGCAAACCCGCAGCUCGAAGGUGGGCGUGGCGAUGGGAUUGGCGGAAGGGGAGGGCGAAAAGGGGGAGGGGGCGUCCUCGCCGGCGGCGGGGGCCCUCCCGCACACCCCGACGAGCGGCGGGUACGUCCACAGCCGGCUUUUGUUCGAUCUCGCCUCGUUGGAGUGCUGCGUUUGUCGGCUAAGCCACCGAGAGCCGCUGAUGCUGCUUGGGCAGUGCUCCACCUCGGGGGUGCUGCGGCUUUUGGACUCGAUCGCGCUGCCCGAGGGGCGUCGGGUGCACGGACACUACUACAUCUGCGGCCAUGCCGCUCACAAAUCCUGCACGAACCGAAUUUUCCGCCGUCUCGCGCGGCUUUGGCAGAGCGGCGACUUCCAGGGGCAGGGAUUUUUGGGCGCGUCCGAGUUCGUCUGCCCGAUUUGCAUGAUGGUGUGUACCAAUCUGAGCCCUCUACCCGUGUUUAGCAAUCAUCCGGGCGGGAAGGAAGCGCCGGACGAGACGAUGCUCUUUGAGGAGAUCCAAAGGAGCACCGUCAGCCUAAACGAGCCGGGCGUGAUGUCCGCCGUGGGCGACCUCCACACGUCGAUUGCGCAGGCCGCCAUCGGGGCCUCCGCCUCGACGGACAUGAAACCCAUCGAGACCCAUGAGGAUCCACUCCAGGCGAACAACAACGACGCGUGGAUUUUAUCGGAAACGCUGCGGACGAUCUACUACAGCUUUCGCAUCACGCUGGAAUCCAUCAAGGCCGGGGUGUACGAGGUCACCUCCAAAGACCUUCUCACCCUGCUUUCCUUGCUUAUUUCGAUCUCCCCGCAGUCCCUGGAGGCGCACUACACCGCCUUGCACGCGAACUACCGCCGCAGCGAGCAGGACAAGUUCCCUUUGUUGAUCUUGGAAGUGGUAAAAGACCCCAAGCAGGCGUCCCGGCUCAUCCAACACUACGCGGCGAAUCUGCGGGAGGCCGGGCUGGACGACCCCGCGCAGCCCAUCGCGCGAUGGAUGGACCUGGGCUGUGCGGCCCUGCUUAAACUGCUAGUGUGCGAUGAGCCCGCGGGCGCCGUGCUCGACGCGCAAGUGGAAAACCCUUUUUUCCUCCUCCCAUUGCGUUCGUCGGCCUUGGCGAGCGCGGCGGCACGCGCCGAGGCGAUUCAGCGCCUGUGGGGGUACCUAACGGGGGUUGAGGAGGGGCCCGAUCCCCACCCGAUCGCCGCGCCGGCGCCCGGGCGAUUUGAGAAUCCGGCGCAGUGGCAGGGGCACCUGCUGGGUGAGGUUUUGCACCUCCCGAUUGACUACAUCGACCUGGUCGUGCGGUAUAACCUCGUCCAUAAUAAGGAAAGCGGCGGGGGCAAGAAUCGGGAGGAGAGCUCCGCUCUAUGCUGCCUUUGUGGAAAGUUUUUAUAUAUUGAACCUCAGGGUUCGUUCUUUGAGCGCUUUAACCACACACGAGAAUGCGUGGGCGGUGUUGGAAUAUUCUUGAUUUUGCAUUACACUUCGCUUCUCGUACUAGACUCCGUCGCUGGCCGCUUGGUGGAGUAUAGCUCCCUUUAUACGGACGAAUUCGGGGAACCUGACGAGGGCCUGCGGCGCGGCGUGCAGCUCAAACGAAAUGUGGAGUUGUGCAAGAAGUUUUUGAAGCUAUGGAUUCGGAAUGAGUGGAGUGCCAACUCGAUGAUUUUACGCCGCAGCAGGCGAAUCGGCACCACGCAAUUUUAA